AUGUACCAUUGGGCAGUACCGACAGCGAUUUUGUUCAUUCUGAACAUUGUCUUCUUGGAAGCACUGGCACUGAUCAUUUUGUACGCGGUGUACGCUCUACCGCAGCUGGACGAGGAAGCAGCUGCUGACGCUGCGGUGCUGGAAGCUGCGGCUGCUGAUGCACGUGAUAAGGCGAAAAAGUUGUUCGAGACGGACUCGGCACCAGAGACUGAGGGUAUGGAGAAUGAAAAGAGCAAGACGCUGAUUGACGAGGUGGCAUUUACUACAACGAGUAUGGAGACAUUGUCGGCGGUGGUUGAGGAAGCAUCUGAGGACGUGGACGAUAUGAAGGAAGAGAAGGUGGAAGUGAAGAAGGAGCCUGUAGUUGACGAGUAAGGGAUGUGGCAGUCGUGAUUGCCCGAUCUUCUCUUAGGGAUUGAAAUCGAACGGAAAGAACCACGUGGUUUUCAGCUGAGUUGUUUUAUUGAAGCGCGAACGGCAAAGGAGGAGAAGCUCGGUUGGUACACGGUGCAUUUUUUUUAAUUGCAAUACAUAUGAAAGGUGGAGACAGCGAUUGCCUUCAGACCUGACGAUGA